AUGAGUCCUACUGUUGGAAGCAACCAACCAAAGUCAUUGCUGCUUGAGGACUCGCUCUUCUUGAAUUUUGAUCGCAUUUGUGUGACUUUCUGGGCCAUGCUUCAUGAACGAGAUCUUACCUCAAUGCCUGUCACUCAACUUGUGGCUCCUAAGGUCGGUCCUGCUGGUCAAUGCUGUGUGAGUGGACCUCUCCCACCUGCUUUCCAAAGGGAGCUACGGAGGAGAAAAUGCAUGUAUAGCUCCCAUACAUGCUAUAAUCUGUCCCGGUGCCGGGCAAGUGAGCGCGCACAAUCCCAAAACGCACUCUAUCCGCACCAGAGACUUACAGCCAACAUAGAUGCUGCAGUCGGAGAACACGCAACCUGGCAGUAG